AUGAAUCUUAUGGAAAGGAAACAGGGAAAUGAAACUUCCAUCACAGAAUUUAUCCUCCUUGGAUUCGGGAAUGUCCCUCAGCUGCAGAUCUUUCUCUUCCUGCUGUUUCUAGUGAUCUAUAUUGUGACCAUGACCGGGAAUAUCCUCAUCUUUGCACUAGUUGUGGCUUAUCAGCAACUUCACACCCCCAUGUACUUCUUCCUUGGGAACUUGUCCUGCUUGGAGACCUGCUACAGCUCCACCAUCCUGCCCAAGAUGCUGACCAGUCUCCUGACUGGGGACAGAACCAUUUCUGUUAGUGAGUGCAUCACACAGUUAUAUUUCUUUGGUUCUCUGUUAACCACUGAAUGUUCUCUUUUAUCUGUGAUGGCCUAUGAUCGGUAUUUGGCAAUAUUGAAACCGCUACAUUAUGCGGUCCUUUUGAAUGACAGGUUCUGCCUCCAGCUAGUGGCCUGGUCUUGGAUCAGUGGAUUUAUGUCUGUUGCCAUCAUAAUAUUUAUGAUGUCACAAUUAACAUUCUGUGGCCCCAGUGAAGUUGAUCAUUUCUUUUGUGAUUUUAGCCCAAUAAUAAAACUGUCCUGCAGUGACACUCACAUGCUGGAAGUUACUGCUUUCAUACAUUCCUCCAUAUUCACAUUGCCUCCAUUUCUAUUAACAGUGGCAUCCUAUGUUUGUAUCAUCUCCACCAUCCUGAGAAUCCCUUCCACCACCGGGAGGCAAAAAGCCUUUUCCACUUGCUCCUCCCAUCUCAUCGUGGUGACAAUAUUCUAUGGGACGCUAGUCAUUGUGUAUCUGCUAUCAGGCUCUGAGGCAUUGAGGGACCUGAACAAAGUGCUCUCUGUUGUCUAUGGAGCCCUAACCCCAUUGGUCAACCCCCUCAUAUACAGCCUGAAAAACAAGGAGGUUAAGGAAGCCUUGAGGAAAGCUGUCCUUAAAUUUUUUGUCUUUUACAAGAACACAGAUAUUUCAAGAUAA